CGUCCCGCCCCUUUCUGUUUGCUGCAGCAGGUCCUUCUCGCUUGAGGAGAGAGCGGUGGAGAACGGUUGGCCGACAUUACCAUUAAUAAAUCGGGUCAACCUUGAGCUAAACGCUGCUUACUCCGCGGAGCGCGAAUAUCGAAAAUCCAACUUGAAACUAUCUUCACUGCGGUGCUGGAAGUGGAGGAGGAAGCAGCGUCUUUGCGUCACACGCUUCUGAUCUUUUACUCGAGCUCAGUGGCAGCAGCAGAAGAGUCGAGAGAAUCAGAUAGAUCCACAACACAGCAAACCCGCUCCGAUCUGCUCCUGGAUCCUCAACUUGACAGAGGUUCUCUCCUCCCUUAUGCGUCAGGCGAUGGAGGGAUGAUCCAGACCGACUUCUCUCCGCAARAUCUUCCUUUUCUUUUCCCUCCUUCUCCUCUUCUACCUCCGCCUGUUCUGUUGUUCGAUCCUCGCGCGCCGCUGGAGCUGUGGCCUGGAUGCGGACUCCGAUGCUCGGCAGAACUGCGGUGUUUGCGGCCCUGUUGGCCCUCAGUACCUGCUUAACAGGUUCUAACUUAUGUCCUCACAAUUUGGACUGUGCCCGAGCAGGACGGCACUUCUGCCGACAAGGCAGCUCACACUGCGGGUCCUGCCUGUACCCUCUGGUGGAGGAUCAUCAUGGCCGCUGUGUCGACACGAGAAGACAUUUUCAUCAUUCUGCUCAGGCUGCUAAAGGUAAGGUGAGGGUUUACCCUGAGCUGGAUGAGGAGAUUGAUGUCCUGUCAGGCAUCGUCAGUGAGCAGAGAACCGAGUCCAGGAUACCAGCCCCACCCUCCCAGGACAUGAAGGCAGAGCAGCUCAUCAGGCCAAUCUCCAGACACAGAGGAUCUCCCACAGACCAGCCCAGCAGCCUCAGCGUCACACUCAGCACUACAAGUGCACCUUCUACUACCAACUGCAGCCCUGGUCAGCUGGGCGAGUCCCGGAUCAAAGCCUACCCCCACAAUGACCAAGUGUUUCUCAAUCCACUACAGACCAUUGGUUCUGCCACACUGCUGUCUUCAGUGUGGAGGCUGCAGCUUCCAGAGACCAUGUCUUCCUCUGACAUUCAUAGACCUGCAGCUCAUUCCUUCCCUCUCAUCUUCUGUUGCUAUGUGUUCUCAGUUAUGACCAGUGUGAUUAUCGCAGUGUGUUUGCUGGUCUUUGUCAUAUCUGGAAUCUGCUGUGUCAGAAUGAUGAGAGAAGCAUAUCUGGAAACUCAGAAGUUGGACUAUCCUGCAUGUGAAACCCCAAAUUUUGUAAACUUUCCUGGGGACCAGAAGCUGGCCCACAGUGCCCAGAUGUACCACUACCAGCACCAGAAGCAACAGAUGCUUUCCCUGCAGCAACACAGGGAUGAGCUCAGACCACCCGACACAGGAACAUCGACAGAUGAGGAGAAUGAUGGAGAUUUCACCGUGUACGAGUGUCCUGGGCUGGCACCAACAGGAGAGAUGGAAGUGAAGAAUCCUCUGUUUGACGACGCCAACCUUUACCUGCACAGAUUCCACAAGCUCACAUGUCUGAGUCUGGAGGUUCCUGCCUGCUUUUUAUCAUCUGCUCCGGAACAGAGCUCAGUCAGGAUGGGCACCAGAGAACAGGAAUCUGGAGAUGAAGCCUUGGCUCUGUCUCGUCAUCGGUGAAGAUGUGAAGGAGCUCGUCAAAUACACAAACCCGUCCAGCAGACAUGUGGUUUAUCCAUAUUGACAGAACCUGUGGAGCAAAACGGACAGUUCAUGGGGUAUGCAAAGCAAAGAUCAAAUUGUCAUGUUGCAUUUUUAUUUAUUUUUAUGGUCUUUCCCCCCCUCUGCUGAAAGCUAAACACAAAUCCCUGCUGAUUUCUCUUUAGGUUGUUCUCCUCCGGAUUAACAAUUCUGUAAAGGAGCCUUAGAACAAUACAAACUGUCUUUGGCCUCUUGAUUUGUUCUCCAUAUGUUUAGUUUGCAUGUACAUAUAUCAAAGCUGUAAUAAAAUAAUUAAGUAUUUAUAAGGUCUUAAGUGGAAACUACUUUUGUCCUUUCAUUUUUUUGUAAGAAACAGAUAUGAAUCUCCAUUUGAACUGUGUCUAGGAAACUGUUUACUCAUGUGUAAAGAGAAAAGUAAAACACACACACCCUUCAUACACAGGCUGGAUGUGUGUUUUAAUCCAUGAAGACUCACAUCCAGCUGAGAUGAUCUGGGUUAGCAGUGUAGUCUGAUCCCACCACUCAGUGAGUUCAAGAAGAAACCAAGAAAAUAAAUUAUGAGGGAAUUUGGGGGCUGUUAAUAUUGUAUUCUGUUGUACAACACACAUUAAAAAUAUCAACAAAUA